UGCCCUUCGAUUUCUGUUAUUAUCUGAUGUUUCUUCUACUUUACAACAACAAUAUACCCAGUGAAAUCCCAUAAAGUGUGGGUUUGGGUAGGGUAGAGUAUAUGCAGACCCUACCCUUACCUUGGGAGGUAUAAGCAAUACAAAGCAGUACUAAAACAGAAUUAACCAAAGCGAGUUUCUUGUAUUUUGAUUUUCGUAUUAAUUUGUGGUAGCUACUGCUCAUAUUUUUUCCAGACUGCUCUAUCAUGCUUUUAUAAUGUUUUGCCUUAGCUUAUUUGCUUUCGAUAUUCUUUCGUACCGCUUUGAAUUUGCUUGUUCUUGUGCUGAGGGUCUACCGGAAACAAUCUCUCUACCUCACAAUGUAGGGGUAAGGUCUGCGUACACUCUACCCUCUCCAGACCCCACUUGUGGGAUUUCACUGGGUAUGUUGUUGUUGUUGUUGUUGUUGUAUACUAGAUGCAACUGGAAAUUAGAGGACCAUGAUUAUUGAGAAUUUAGUCAUUGUUGCAAACAUAAAUACACACAUACAAAAGUGUCGUCUCUAAUAAUUUCAAUUUUUUUAAAGAGGCAGUACACACAUUUCAACAUAUUAUUGGAGCAAGCAAAGGUCAUGGGUUCGAGUCUGACUGGCACUCAUAAAUAAAACAUAUUUUACCUGCUUGGCCUAAGGGAAAGAAUCAUAUCUACAAGUGAGGUGACCGGGUUCCAGGCCUUGUUGAAAAAACAUUAAAAUGUCCUCUCUCUAACAUGUUAAGCUUGUAAUGACCUAACAAGUUGACAGUGGCUUAUGAACUUUGGAUGUUUUCUUUAACUAUAUUUUUUAGGAUAGAUAGUUUAUAUCUUGGAUGGUGUAGCUUAAGCAUUCAUUAGCCCCUGCUUAGAGGAUAGGAAGUGAGGAGGAGAUACUGAUGACCGCACUUGUGUAUUUGUAUCUAGUUUCUUAUUCUGGCUUGGGAGACUGCAAUAACUGGGAAUACCACCUGUUUUGGUCUGAUAACCCAAGGAUGAGGACUUGGUCAAGUAAGAAAAGAAUCUAUGCAUUAAACUUAUCUCAAAAAGGAAAAAAUAUUCUAUGUUGACGAACUUAAUUAGAUUUAAAAAAAAAAAAAAAGAGAGUAGAAGUGGGCCUUUCAUUUUAUGUGGAUUUUGGAAGGAAAGAAAUAUGCAAAUUGUUCAACAGUUCGAUACUUGUAUAUGGAUCAUCUUCUCAAUAAUGAAACUUGAAUGUCCGAUUUGGGCUAUUUGUUGAUUAAGCAUUUAAUUCAGUCUCCUCCCACCCUCUUUCUUUCUCCCGUCUCGCCCUCAUAGGUGUUUGAAUACAAUAUUUUAACCUUGGUUACCGGUUCCAUUUCUCUUGUUAUUGCUUUAUACACAGUUCAUACGCUAUUGACAUUCAAUUUUGACUUAAGCAUGAAGAACCAUUCUGUAUAAGAAACAAUUGCUGGUAUGUCACACUGUCAAGAAAAGUUGUUUGGUCUUAUAACGGCAUUUUAUUUAGUAAAUCUCCUUAAUUGCAAACUUAUGUGGGGGUAGGCGAUGGUUGGGAGGCUCUUUGCUAUUUGUAACUGGUAGCAUUGGAUUGUUUUGAGCUAUGUUACUCGGACUCUUCAAAAUGCUUUGCGCACCUGUGUCGACACGACAUGGGUGUGAGAUCCAACACUUGAUUUGCUCACCUUACCUUGGGUGCUUUGACUACAUAUAUGAUUGAGAACUAUAGCUUCAUUUUUCUUUGUUGAUUCAUAACCUUAUCAUUAAAUAAAAUGCGCUUUACAACAACUUGGGUAUUUGGUUUGGUUGUUGGGUUUAUGUCAUAUAUAUAGUUAUAUAAAGUAUGAGAAAUUCUUUGAGCUGAGGGUCUCUCGGAAACAACCUCUCUACCUUCUUAAGGUAGAGAUAAGGUCUGCGUACAAUCUACCCUCCCCAGACCCUACUCGUGGGAUUACACUGGGUAUGUUGUUGUUGUUGUUGUAAACUAUGAGAAUGUUUUGCUAUUACACGAGAUAUUUUAUGAAUAAAAUAUUAGGUGUUUAUAAAGAAUUGUUUUGUAGCUACAAUCAAUCGAGAUAUAUACUUUAUAUGUUGUAAUAUACAUUUAUUGGCUGUAUCCCCUCACCCAUAUCCACACUCGAAUCCAUAUCCCUAAAUCCUAAAAUUUAUGUGAUGAAGAAUCCAACCUUUAGAUCCACGCCCCAUAUCAGGUAGUCGUGUUUUUUCCUUUGAAGGAUUGAGAUCACGAUUUCAACUCCCAGAUCUGUUUAUGCACCUGCUGUUAUAUAUGGACUGAGACAUAUAUUUCAUGGGAGGCGCAGAGGAUGAUGAACCACUCUCAAAACGUGUGAAAAUAUCAUUUGGAGAAUCAGCAGAUCGUUCGAACGGCACACUUUUUAGGGAUCCUGCAAGUUGCUCGAUGGUUCGUCCUCUGGAAAUUCAAGGGGACGAUGAGAUUGUUGGUACAAAAGGAGUUGUCAAGAAAGCCGAAUUUGUUCGGAUCAUAGCCGAGGCAUUAAAUUCUCUUGGUUAUAUGAAGACGGGGGCGUAUCUAGAGGAAGAGUCGGGGAUACCUUUGCACCCCUCUCCAGUAAAUUUACUCAUGCAGCAAAUCCUUGACGGGAAAUGGGAUGAAAGUGUAGCCACAUUGCAUCAAAUCGGUCUCGUGGAUGGAAAAAUUGUGAAGUUGGCAUCUUUUGUGAUACUGGAGCAAAAAUUCUUUGAACUGUUAGAGAGGGGAAAAAUCACGCAUGCUUUGAAGACAUUGAGGACUGAGAUUGCACCUCUUUGCAUAAAUAACGAUAGAGUCCGCGAGCUUUCGUUAUGCAUUAUAUCACCUUCACAACAGGUUGUGAAAAUAAAAUCAAGGACAAAGCUACUAGAAGAAAUGCAAAGACUGCUCCCCCCUUCAGUCAUGAUUCCUGAAAAAAGAUUGAUCCAUCUUGUUGAACAGGCCCUUCAAUUGCAACUAGAAUCUUGUAUGUAUCACAACUCAUUAGCCACUGAAAUGUCAUUGCUCACUGAUCACGAGUGUGGAAUAGAUCAGAUUCCAUCUCGAACUUUGCAGAUAUUACAAGAACACAAAGAUGAAGUCUGGUUUUUGCAGUUCUCUCAUAAUGGGAAGUACUUAGCCUCAUCAUCUGCCGAUUGUUCGGUUAUUAUAUGGGAGAUGAAGUUGGAUGGGAGGUUCUGCCUGAAACACCGAUUUUCUGGUCACGAGAAGCCUGUGUCAUAUAUCUCAUGGGGCCCAGAUGACAAUCAGCUUCUCACUUGUGGAGAAGAGGAGGUUGUUAGACGGUGGGAUGUGAGCUCCGGUGAAUGUAUACAUACUUACAUGAAACAUGGUCUUGGUUUGACCUCCUGUGGAUGGGCUCCAGAUGGCAAAAGGAUAUUUUGUGGUGUUACUGACAAAAGCAUUAGCAUGUGGGAUCUUGCAGGGAAAGAGCUGGAGUGUUGGAAAGGCCAUCGGAUUAGUAGAAUAGCAGAUUUGGAGAUAACAAGGGAUGGGAAACACAUGGUCUCUGUUUGUAAAGAUAAUAUGAUACUAUUAUUUGGAUUGGAAUCAAAAGAAAAGCGAAUAAUUCAGGAGGACGAAGCAAUAACUUCAUUUGUAUUGUCCGCAGACAAUAGAUAUAUAUUGAUAAGUCUUUGGAACGAAGAAAUACAUCUUUGGAGUAUAGAGGGGAGUAUAAGACUUAUAGCCAUAUAUAAAGGGCAUAAACGAGAACGCUUUGUCGUACGGUCUUGCUUUGGUGGAAUAGAUCAAUCUUUCAUUGCCAGUGGGAGUGAGAAUUCACAGGUAUGUAUAUGGCACAAAUGCUCAUCACAAGUCAUUGUGGAGUUGGCUGGACAUUCUGGGACUGUCAACUGUGUUAGUUGGAACCCAGCAAAUCCUCAUAUGCUCGCAUCAGCGAGCGAUGAUCGUACUAUUCGCAUAUGGGGCUUGGCUAGUGGAAACAUGAAGCACAAUAGCAAUGCAACUGGAACUGUUAGUAAUGGUGUGCACUACUGCAAUGGCGGAUCGUGAAGUCUCGGAGGUGAAUCGGCGAGUGAAACAUUACAAGAUUUCUUUCAUUGACCAUUUGCUUUCUAUGUACAUUCGUUUACAGCAUCAAGCUUAACAUUUUCGAUAAACAAGAACAUGCAUAUUGCAUUCAGUCCGGCAAUAAAUCAUGAACUUCUCCA